CGACCUCGACCCGCCUGCGCCAACAGCAGCCAAGCCUGGAGGCUUCACUCAGCCCGAGCCGGAGCCGCCGCCUGCCUUCCCCGCCUUCAUCCCUCCUCCUCCUCCUCUCCUGCUCAGCGGAGAGGGAGGCGCAGCCCGGCUCCCAGGAGAUGCCCGGCGGCCGGCUCUCUCCUUGCUCCCAUUGGCCUACUGGGGGUCGCCUAACGUGCUGCGGCGGCGGCUGGGUGCGCUAGCCGCUGGGAGCGCACUUGCAGGGGGCGACAGGCGGGGCCGCUUGGAGCAGCAGCAUAAGCGCGGCUGGCUGGCGAGGGAGUUUUGCAGCCCGGCGGCAGCGACCGUGUCUGCGCCCUGCCCAGCGAUGAGCAGCCCGAAAGUCCCGGCCCGGCCAGAAGCGGCUGCGGUGCCCCGGAGCUAGGGCUGCCUUGCCCCCUGGCCAGCGGCUCGGAGGUCAGCAGCAGCCGGCUGUGGAGAAGAUGCGCCCCCGGCUGGCACGGCCCCUGGGCGCCCUGGGCGCAGCGCGCUGAGCCAGGCGCAGCCGGCUGCUGCCCUGAGUGGCCUGGUGCGGGCGGGCCGGGGUCCCCCGGUUCUUCUGCGCUGAGCCGGCAGGCAGGCGGCUCCGAGGAGACAGGGACAAUGUACGCGGGGCGCAAGAGGAGGAAGCCCGUGCAGAGGACAGUGAAGCCGCCACCCCCAGAAGGUGUGAAGUUGAACCCCUCCAAGCGCCAUAGGGAUCGGCUGAACUCGGAGCUGGAGCGGCUGGCUAGCUUGUUGCCUUUCCCCGAAGAGGUCAUCUCUACCCUGGAUAAACUCUCCAUCCUGCGCCUCAGUGUCAGCUACCUUAGGGCCAAGAACUUCUUCAACAUUGCCCUGAAGAGUCACUGCUCCAAAGGGGGAACAGAAAGGAAUGGUGACCAUGACAAUGGGAGGACCUCGGGACUGGAUGACAGAAUCAUACCAGAGGGUGAACUGCUAUUACAGGCUCUUCAUGGCUUUGUGCUGGUGGUGACGUCUGAAGGGUUGAUAUUUUAUUCCUCGCACACGAUUCAAGACUAUCUUGGAUUUCAUCAGACAGAUGUCAUGCACCAGAGCGUGUUUGAGCUGAUCCACACCGAGGACCAACAGGAGUUCAGGCGCAACCUUCACUGGGCCCUUAACCCACCUCCCACUCCCGAGAGCAAACCAUCGCCUGAUGGUGAAACAAGUAUCAGCUCCUCCAUUAUCACUUACAAGCCCAGCCAGCUGCCUCCCGAGAAUUCCUCUUUCCUCGAAAGGAGCUUUGUGUGCCGAUUCCGCUGCCUCCUGGAUAAUUCAUCUGGGUUCAUGGCUUUAAACCUUCAGGGCAGGUUGAAAUUUCUCCACAGCCAGAACAAAAGGUCUGAGGAUGGGUCCCUGCUGCCACCCCAGCUGGCUCUCUUUGCCAUCUCCACUCCCUUGCAGCCCCCCUCCAUCUUGGAGAUCAGAACCAAAAACUUGAUCUUCAGAACCAAGCACAAACUGGACUUCACCCCCUUGGCAUGUGAUGCCAAAGGGAAGGUCGUGCUGGGCUAUACGGAGGCAGAGCUGCGGGUGCGUGGUACCGGGUACCAGUUCAUCCACGCCGCUGAUAUGCUGUACUGUGCUGAGAAUCACGUCCGAAUGAUGAAAACGGGCGAGAGCGGCCUGACUGUGUUCCGUCUCCUGACAAAAGAAAAUCGCUGGAAGUGGGUCCAGGCCAAUGCUAGACUAGUCUACAAGAAUGGCAAACCCGAUUACAUCAUUGCCACGCAAAGGCCGCUUGUAGAUGAAGAAGGAGGGGAGCACCUUCGGAAGCGUUCUAUGCAUCUUCCUUUUACCUUUGCUACAGGAGAGGCACUAUUAUAUCAAACGCCCUACCCACUUCCUGGCUUCCCUGACCCUUUCAACAGCAAAGGGAAAAACAACAGAUCCAAAAAGAAUUCUCACGGUAAAGGGGGAAGGUCCCAGAAGGACAAUGUAGACCCAAACUCUCUUCUGGGAGCCAUGAUGAGGCAAGAUGAGGCUGUUCAUGUCUCCCAUCUGGCUUCUACUCCCAAACAUUCCUUCAGCAGCAAUCUCUUCAGCCACCUGGGAGAAUCUGGUUUAUUUGGGACUGGAGGAGACAACUGGAAUGCAGUUGCUAAUCCAUUGUCCUUUGGGGAAAAUAGUCCCAAGCAGGAGCUGACUGACUUGAGGCAAGGGGACCCACUGUUGACCACGCUGGAUUCUCUCUCGAUUAGCAGUGAUGAAAACUGUUCAAAUAAUGAGCUGUUUAAUGCUUUGGAGGGUCUGGGGCUGAAUGCUGAGGAUCUGGAGCUCUUGCUGUUGGAUGAAAGGAUGGUGAGGGUAGAAACGGACCUAGAUUAUAUUCCUUCUCUGAACGAUCUAUUAACAAACAAUGAAAUCCUCUCCUAUAUUCAUGGUUCACUUGUAAACAAAUGUGAGGAUGAGCUCACUGGGGAGCAGCAGGCCUGUUCCUUGUCAGACCCAGGCCAGAAUCCAAGCAAAGAUGCAGUGGUGUAUCCAUCUCAGAUGCCAGAGAAAGGAUCCCAGUGCUCACACCAGUCCCUGCCACAAAACCAGCAAUCGCUGAUCUUGCAUCUCCCUCAGCAAAUGCAGCAGCACAUUGUGACCCAAAACCAGCAGAGCAGCCAGCCGUGGGAGCAGCUGUUGCCCUCAGUUCUCAGUCAGCCAACGCCCCUGCUGAUGAAGCAGGCUGAUGAGGAUAAGCAGCAGUCUAGCAGUCUACAGUGGAGGCCACCAGCAGGAACAGCUGAGCUCGGGCUGUCUCAGUUUGUACAGUCACCUCUUGGUAAUCAGCAGCAGAGUCCACAAUGGGUCAGACCUCAUGGAUCAAACCAUCUCCAUCAAUCCAUAGAAAUCCCUUACAAACAUCAGCAACAUGGGCAGCAGCUGGAGAGCAGCCUCCACUCAGUGCAGGGAGCACAUCAACCAUUCCUGCAGCAAAGCCAGCCCUGCAUCCAACAAAACCAGAUCCAGGCGCGCACAGAGCCACAGCUGAAACAAAAACCCAACCAGCACUUGUUAGUGAACGGCCUGUGCAGCCAUGCCUCCUCCAACCAGCCAACCCUAGGGAGUAACACGUGGCAGGGCUAUAGCUACAGGCCUGAAAGUCAGCCACCCAGGGGCCUCCCAGCACAGACCAAUAUCUAUGGUGUCGAGCAGGAGCUGAGCUCCCAGCUCCGCCCAUCUCAGAUGCCAAACACGGGAGUGUCCACCAUUCAUUUUUACCUGAACAGGCUGUCCAACAUGGAGAUAGGAGAUAGAGAAGCAUCCCAAGAAGAGAUGACUCUGUGUUCGGGUUUUCUCCCCCCUUCCUCAUAUCAGGUCAUUUCUCCAAAGCAGCUGACCCCUGUUCCUUCAGUGUCCCAGUACCUGUGUCCAAAUUCAGCCUUGGAACACUUUGUGAAUAUCCAUGGACAACGGGAUGCCUCCAUGCACUCCUACAGCACACACACAUCAUUGUCACACCAGGAUAAUGUCCGUAAGCCCGAAAAUGAUUGUGUUUUGACCAACGCUAAUGUGGGAUACCCCAGAGACUGCCUCCUGCCCAUCAGAAACCCUGCUUCCUCAGAUGAGCUGCAUUCCUGCACAGAACUGCUUCCAAAUCAUUCUAAUCCCUCCAGCAGUGGCUUUUAUCUUUAAGAGUGGGCAAUUAGAUUGGCCAAACCAGGAUUAUUCAGACCAUAUGGAGAAAUGGUUGUGUUUUAAGUUAUGGAAAACAAGCAGCCAUUUUUUUUCUGGCUAUUUUUGUCUUGUCUUUCCUUUUAUUUUUUUUAUCAACCUCACAUGAUAGUGAUUUUGACAGACAGGGCUUGGCCCUGAGUGAGAAGGAACUUCACGUGGUAGAGUUUAAUUUUCACAAAGAUAUUACCGAUCUGAGCAUUUAUGUUCCAUCUACAAAUGUGUAGUAGGGAAACAACUUUUAAUUCUUCACAACCCCUCUGAAAUGCAUUUAUAAAAAUAGCCCGGGCUUGAGCUAUGUACACAAAGUCUCAUAUGUCCGAUUAUCUUGGAAUGGCUGAGAGUUUUUUGUGUUCUUUGCUUCAUCAGUUGAGAGUUUCCAAAUGUCAGGGCCCUAUCUGUUUUCCUUUCAUGUUUCCCUGGUAGGGGUAUCGAUUGCAGAAAGGCAGAGACAUCCAGCUACAAAGGAAAAUCAGCUUGGAAAUAUCUUGAUCUAGCCUCAUAUCUUUCUUCUGUAGCAGUCUUUUAAAUUGAAUACAGAACUAUAUUUUAACAUCAACAAAGACUACCCUGUUGAAGAUGUGACAUUGACAUAAAUCUUGCACUUUGAUGAAAAGAGUUCUCUAUUGCACUACACUCAUUUUUAGUUCUACUGUUACUUAAGAUUGUUGGGUUGGGGGGAGGGGGGGGGUUAAACACAUUUUACCGGUCUCUACAAUUUAGGACAUUUUUGUUUCUGUCGUUGAGCUCAGAGGUUCAACAGUGUAGAAGCCGCACCACUGUAAAAGCCGCACCACUGUAAAAAAGGCAAGAUGUAGAAUUUCACUAACUGUGCACAGAUUGUAAUUAAUCUCUUCCUGCUGGGUUUGCCAAAGCUUUUUGAUUUGUUACAGUUUGCUUUUCCAAAAAAAACCACAUUUCCCUAAUGACAUGGUUGACCAUGAAACCAAUUGCAUUCAUCAGCAAGUUACCGCCGUGAAUGAAUACAUGAGCUGCUGCUUUUCCAAACAUCGCUAUAAAGUCACAUUCCACUAAGUCUGCAAACAACUGACCUAUAUUCUCAUAUUACAUGGGUCCUUUCACAGUCAGGCUUCAACAUCCAUAAGAGACAUUGUCAUUAACUAAUUCCACAGAUUAGAGCGUUAGGUAUUUGUAGUAAAUAUCACUGAUUGUCAUUUUGUUGUCUUCUGUAUGAUAUGCCCAAAUUGGUUGGUUUUGAUUCUCAGAGUACCUAGCAUGUAUUCUGUCUGAAAGUUGAUCUAAACCACCAAGAUUAUUCAAAACCACAGGAGCUCAUGUGUAGGUACUUAACUAUAAAAAAUUAGGAGCAGACUGGCAUAUAAGCCAUAUGUUGUAUCUGUGCCUAAAAAGAUUGCAAAUAAAGUAGAGGACUUGACUAGUUCAGAGGAAGAGUCAGAUUACUGUACAGAGAAGUUUGCAAUAUGAUAAAGAAAAUAAGUAUAAUGAUACUUAAUUUUAAAUGCUUAACAUAGUGAUAUUUUCCCACAAAAGAAGUACAACCCAUACAUAUGUAUAUAAUGUGAGCCCACAGAUAUAUUUUUAGGCUACUCUAGCAGAGAAAAACAUAUCUUCCCAAGGUAUUCAAGUAACAUCCUUUGGAAUGAGAAAAAUAAGAGUGUUCAAAGGAUCAGAAAUUCUUCUUCGAGUGCUUGUUCACGUUCAUUCCACAUUAGGUGUGUGCGUGCCGCGUGCAUGAGUGUUGGAAACUUUUUCCCUUAGCGGCUCCCAGCGGGGCUCCCCGAGUGGCACCACUGUGCCGUGCAUAUAUACCCCUGCCGGCCCGACCCCCUCCAGUUCCUUCUUACUAUCCAUGGCUGCGUUGGAACAACCUCUCUCUCUCUCUCUCUCUCGUAGAAGAGCAGUCCCUUAGCCUUCAGUUAGUUAGUUAACAUACCUUUAUUGUGGACACUUAAGUGAUCAGGUGCUUGGAGGCUUCCAGCACCCACCCCAGGCCGCAGGCCCACGGCUUCAAAGCUUGCACCACACGCCGCAAACCUAUGCCAGUUAGUGACCCCCACGAUUUGUGUCUACGUUGCCUGGGGGAUGGACAUCAAACUGAAUGGUGUAGGCAUUUAAGCCAAGAAGGAAAGAAAGAGACUUCUGUUUAAAGCAGCUGUUGAUGGAGGCUGCAUUGCAGCCACUGGGCCCGGAGCGCCCAACACCAGCUCAGGCUUCCUUGGUGUGUAGUGCCCUGGAACCGUUGGGAGACCCGGCACCUGCUAAGCACCGUAAACUGUCAGCCCCAGAGCGCCAGGCUAGGCCUUAGCACCGCUCAGCCUGCCCCGUGCGGCCCCCAGAGCAGCCGAAAGGAAGGCGCAGUCGUUCCCCUCACAGGAGGCUGGUGCUUCCCAAGGCCCCGAGCGCUGAUAAGAGCAGGAAGGUCGCAGUACCGGCGCCAACACCAGCGGUCCCGGCAGCGCAAGCCCCCCCGAGCCCAGACCUAAGUGAGCUCAGUGCAGACAAUGGGCUCAAGGGCAUAACAGAUCAGUCCUCCAGGCCGGGCACCUUUGAGGCUGCAAAGGACCUCAUCAGGCUGUCGGCGGCGAGCCCCUUCCCGUAUGGGGAGAACCCUCCAGCACCCAUGCCUCGGGUGCCGUCGAGGGGUAAGCCGGCAAUGAUGUGCCGCUCGAGGACACCGUCCCAGCACUGCUCCCGGAGUUGGCCCCGGUCGAGCUCUGACUCCACGGACUCACAGUUGCCAGCGGUCCAGAAGGAGGUCGCAGCACCGGGAGUGGGUCGACGCAAGGAAGCACCAGAAAGGGCACACCGCUCUCUGGCACCACCCAGAAACCAGCACUGGGAGGAGUUGAGAUGGCCCUCGCCAGAGGACUCUCACAGACGGUCCUAGUCCAGGGAACACCAGCACCAGUCCUGGUCCAGAUUCUGGUCCUGGUCUUGGGGAUACCGGUACUGCUCCCGCUCAGCCAGGAGCCGCUCAUUCUCCUGUCGGAGCAGAUCGUUGGCACCACCGUGGCCUUCACAAUCGGCGUCGCCGUAGUCCGGCACCGACACCGGCCGCUAUAGGUACCUGCACCGGGCCCCAGACAGCAGGGACCCUCAGGUGGGCUGGCAACCCACGCCAUUGACCCUUCUGGACGCCCGGGCCUAUCAGGAGCACCAAGGGGCCCCAUCCAGGGCAAGUUACUUGGUGCAGCAGUCCUGGUGCCCGCACCGACGCCAGACGGUGCCGGAGGCUACAGUAUCGAGGCCCCCAGCAUCCCCCCAGGAUAAACCGGAGAGACCAGCACCGAGUCCGGUGCCGUCCCAUGGAUUCCCGCCCCAGCCUGAGCCGGAGGCCCCUCCCACGGGAGAAGGGGAGCAGGAGGACCAACCAGAGGGGGUCGAGCAGCAACUAACCUCCUCGUCAUCCCCGGAUGAGGCGGUGGUGGGUACAGAUAUGUCCAGUCCUCCACCGAUAGACCAUAGAGCCCACCAGGAGUUGCUGCGCAGGCUCACCCAGAACUUGGGGUUCCAGGCCAAGGAGACGGUUGAGCAGGAGGACCCCAUGGUGGACAUUUUGAACCCCGAAGGUCCAUCCAGAAUAGUGCUCCUGCUCAUUAAGACCAUUCAGUCCAAGUAUAAGACCAUAUAGCAGACCCCAGCCUCCAGUGCUCCAAUGGCUACAGGAGUGGAGCGUAAAUACUUUGCCCCAUCUAAGGGCUAUGAGUUCCUGUUCUGCCACCCAAGUCCAUGCUCCCUAGUGGUCUCAGCGGUAAACGAAAGGGAGAGCCAUGGACAGCAGGCCCCGGACCCUAAGGCCAAGGAGGCAAAAUGCCUGGACCUUUUUGGCAGAAAGGUGUACUUAUCUGGGGGCCUUCAGUUGAGGAUUGCAAACCAUCAGGCCAUCCUCAACCAGCACAAUUUCAACUACUGGGCAGCAGUGGGGAAGUUGAAGGACAACCUCCCAUAAAGUUCCCAACAGGAGUUCACGUCCCUGGUGGACGAGGGCAAGGCAGUAGCCAAGACCUCUCUCCAGGCCUCCUUGGAUUCGGCUGACUCAGUGGCUAGAACAAUCGCGUCAGGGGUGGUCAUGGGGUGCUCACUGUGGCUCCAGGAGUCAGGCCUGCUGCCCGAGGUCCAGAAUACACUCCAGGACCUCCCCUUUGAGGGGUCCGGGCUCUUCUCGAACCAGAUAGACAUGAGGCUGCACAGCCUUAAGGACUCGCGAGCUAUGCUUAAGUCACUGGGUAUGCACGCCCUGGCGACCCAGAGGAAGCCCUUUCAGCUGCAGCCUCCCCCUCAACGCCAGUACCAGGCUCGCCAUAGGCAUGAGCCUUACCAUAGGCGAGGCAGGGAUAACAGGAGAUGGUGCAACAACAGUAACAAUAAUGUGCCGGGCCAGAACCAAGGCCAGCACAAACCCCAGCCGGGCACUAAGCCAGGCUUUUGAAGGUGCGCUCAAGGACAGUGUACCGGACCAGACAUAGAACCAUAGAUUAUCAGAGUCGGAAGGGACCUCAGGAGAUCAUCUAGCCCAACCCCCUGCUCAAAGCAGGACCAAUCCCCAUUUUUUUUGCCCCAGAUCCCUAAAUGGCCCCCUCAAGGAUUGAACUCACAACCCUGGGUUUAACAGGCCAAUGCUUGAACCGCCUGUCCCGUUUCUCCCAUACAUGGUCCACCAUUACAUCAGACCAUUGGGUCUUACGCACGGCGCGGAACGGGUACUCUAUGCAGUUUGCCUCCCUCCCCCCUCCUCCCAUCCCCCUUCCCCGUCCCUCUUCAGGGACCCCUCUCACAAACAUCUCCUAGAGAAGGAAGUCCACUCGCUGCUAGAGGCGGGGGCGGUAGAGGCGGUGCCGCACAGCCUGAGGGGAAAGGGAUUCUACUCCCGGUACUUCCUCAUUCCCCAAGGCCAAAGGGGGCCUUCUCCGCAUCCUAGACCUGCGCAGGCUCAACAAUUUCCUGGUCAAGGCCCGGUUCCGCGUGAUCUCUCUGGGCACCAUCAUCCCUUCCCUGGAUCCGGGGGACUGGUAUGCUGCCCUUGACUUGAAGGAUGCGUACUUUCAUAUCGCCAUUCACCCAGCACAUCAGUGGUUCCUACACUUCACUGUGGGCCAAGAACAUUACCAGUUUGCGGUUCUCCUGUUCGGUCUAGCCACGGCCCCACUGGUGUUCAUGAAGUGCAUGGCGGUGGUGGCAGCCUUCUUAUGGAGGCAGAGAAUCUGGGUGUACCAGUACCUCGACGACUGGCUCCUGGCAGGCCGACCCGAGGUGGAAGUGCGAGGCCAAGUGGAGGUGGCCCUGAGAUUGUUCCACAAGCUGGGGCUCCUGGUCAGCGUCCCCAAGUACACGCUCGUACCCACACAGAAAGUGGAAUUAAUAGGGGUGGUUCUGGACGCAGGCCAGGGCAAGCCUUCCAGUGUCCCAAUUCCAGGCUAUCCAGCAAACGAUGGCCUCCCUGCACCAGUUUCCAACGACAAAGGCCAGGUGCUGCCUGCGGCUGCUCGGUUACAUGGUGGCAUGCACGCACGUGGUCAGGCAUGCCAGACUGAGACUCAGGACUCUGCAGAUGUGGCUUGCUCAGGUGUACCGCCCAGGCAGGGACCCCCUGGACUUGGUAGUGACAGCCCCAAGGGACUUGCUGGACUCCCUGCUGUGGUGGCAGUCCCAGCCUGUGGUUUGCAAAAGCAUCCCCUUUGCCGCCCCACAACCAGACCUGAUGCUAGUGGUGGACACAUCAGACCACGGAUGGAGGGCCCACCUGGGGGGACCUCAUGAUGCAAGUGUUGUGGUCCGGAGCAGAGCGGUCGCUCCAUAUCAAUGUGAAGGAGCUCAGGUCGGUUCAUCUCACCUGCCAGACCUUUCAUGCCACUCUGAGUGGUCACAGCAUGAUAGUUCUGACAGACAAUACUACAGCCACGUUUUAUAUAAAUAAACAGGGUGUGGCUCGUUCCUCGCCACUCUGUCGCGAGAUUCUCCUCCUCUGCGACCUCUGCAUAGCCCAUGCAAUUCACCUCGAGGCGUCGUAUCUCCCAGGGGUACAAAACAAGCUGGUGGACUCCCUCAGCAGGUCGUACCGCAUGCACGAGUGGAUGCUCAGGGCAGAAGUCAUGCUUUCGCUCUUCCGCAGGUGGGGGUUUCCCCGGGUAGACCUGUUUGCCACCAGGGCCAACGCCCAGUGCUCACAGUUCUGUUUGUUCCAGGGCCACAGCCUGGGCUCACUUGCAGACGCGUUUGUGAUCCUGUGGAGAGGGGACUUGAUGUAUGCCUUCCCCCCACUCCACUUGGUGCACAAGGCCCUACUCAAGGUGCGCAGGGACAAGGCGGCGGUGAUGCUCAUUGCCCCAGCCUGGACCUGCCAGCACUGGUACACAUCGCUCCUAGAGCUGUCGGUGGAGGCCCUAGUAGUCCUGCCCCUACACCGGGACCUCAUUGCACAGGACGGCGGGUGGCUUCUCCACUCCAGCCUACAGUCACUGUACCUGAUGGCGUGGAAGCUCUGUGGCUAAACAUCCUGGCAAGCCAGUGCUCCCUUCCCGUGCAGCAGAUUCUGCUUGGCAGUAGAAAGCCCUCUACCAGGGCGACCUAUAUGGCCAAGUGGAAAAAGUUCUCCUGUUGGUGUGAACCAUGACAGAUGCGGCCGUGCCAGGUCCAGUGCAGGCCAGCCUGGAGUACCUCCUGCACUUCAAGCAGCAAGGGCUAGCCCCAUCCUCACACAGAGUACACCUGGCCAGCCAUCUCCGCCUUCCAUUCGGGGUUCUCAGGGGACUCAGUGUUUUCCCACCCAGUGGUGGGACAGUUCCUUAAAGGGUUGGAGAGGGUGUUUCCAUACUCCCCGCCCCCGUCCCUCCAUGGAACCUUAACCUGGUCCUCUCUAAACUCAUGGGACCCCCUUUCAGGCCCCUUGCUUCCUGUUCUCUCCUCCACCUUUCCUGGUUGCCAUUACCUCGGCCAGAAGGGCGUCCCUCACCUCUGAGCCCUCACCUCUGAGCCACCGUAUACAGUAUUUCACAAGGACAAGGUGUAGCUCCGGCCACACCCCAAGUUCCUCCCUAAGGUGGUCUCCCAAUUCCAUUUGGGCCAGUACAUUUGUCUGCCGAUGUUCUUCCCAAAACCCCAUACAGACCUGAGUCACUGCAGCCUGCACACUCUGGAUGUGCGUCGAGCGCUGGCGUUCUAUUUGGAGCGCAUCAAGCCCUUUCGCAAAUCCACGCAGCUGUUUGUGGCUGUAGCCAAGAGAAUGAAAGGCCUCCCAGUGUCAGCGCAGCGGAUUUCGUUUUGGAUUACAAGCUGCAUCCGGGCAUGCUAUGAGUUCGCAGGUGUUCCGGCCCCGGCGGUCAUGGCCCACUCAACCAGGGUGCAAGUGACUUCCACAGUGUUCCUGGCACAGGUCCCAAUCCAGGAAAUCUGCAGAGCAGCCACCUAGUUCUUGGUGCACACCUUCACGACCCACGGGUCAACCAGCAGACCAGAGAGGACACAGUGGUUGGCAGAGCGGUCCUCCAAGCAGUUGUUCCAUGACUCCUACCCUCCUCCAGAGGUAAGCUUGUGAUUCACCUAAUGUGGAACGGACGUGAACAAGCACUCGAAGAAGAAAAAAAUGGUUACUUGCUUUCUCCUGUUGUUCUUCGAGAUGUGUUGUUCACGUCCAUUCCACCACCCACCCUCCUACCCCUCUGUCGGAGUCGCCAGCAAGAAGGAACUGGAGGGGGUCAGGCUGGUAGGGGUAUAUGUGCAUGGUGCAGUGGCGCCGCUCAGGGGGGCCCCGCCGGCCCAACGGGAGCCGCUAAGGGAAAAAGUUUCCGACACUCGUGCACACGCACACCUAAUGUGGAAUGGACUUGAACAACACAUCUCGAAGAACAACAGUUACGAGAAAGUAAGUAACCGUUUUUUAUGGCCACCUGUUGUCAGAAACCUAACAUAAAAUAACAUCCUUUCUGUGUGAUCAGCCUUGGUUUUGCAUUAACGUUACAUUCUUUUUAUUUCAAUAAAUGGUUUUGGGUCUUA